UCCGGAAUCGUGUCUUCGUCAAAUUGAAACCCUUCGAUUGUCGCUACCCGAAUCGAUGCUUACUCGCCACGAAAUCAUCCGUGCUGUUCAGUGUUUGGUAAGCCGUCGUGCCAGAUGCACAGGCUGUAUAGCCAGUCGCUAAUGUGGUCAGCUCCAUCUUUCACGGCGAGGGAGCUGCAAUCUUGUACAAGUCCAUCCUCCCAGACCUUCACUAUUCCGAGGAUCAUGAACGCGCUCCUCGAUUUCUCUCAACGAUUGGCCCACACAACUCGGCUUUCAUAAGAUGCAUGCGAAUCUCCCUGGGGAUUUUGGAUGGAACGCUGCCUCGCUGCGUCUUCGCCGAUAUGCUGCAUAUGAUUAAGCGCGAUUUUGUCAACCUGGAGAAACUUAUCCUAGUGUAUCCCCUGCAGGAAGAGGAGAAUGAGUUCUACGCCCGGACGGGGCUCGAUCCAGGGGUCGUCCAAGCAGAAAGAAUAGUCGCAGUGGGUCCUGCACUGAGAUCCCUGCGUGGAUUGAGUGUAGUGGUCGAGAAAGCCGCGGCAACGUCAGCAUCAAAUGAAGAGCGCGAGCUUGUCCCUCUGGUCGAAUAUACAGACCUUCAGAACCCGCAACAACACGCUGAAGGAUCUUCGACAGCUGCGAGUUCCUUUGCAUCAUGGAGUCUUUUGCCAGAGAAAGUUCAGCGCAAAGUGAUUGAGUUCUCUGCGCUUCCACCUGAUCGGUUGAUACAUCCUCUUCUGGCGACGGACACUUUUCCCGAAACCAGAACUAUCAUGCCUCUACUGCUGACUUCCAAAGACACAUCAAGAGUAACACAAGAUGUUGUGUAUCGAGGUGCAAUAUUCGCGUCUUGUCUUCGAAAGGACAGGGCCGCCAUGUACACCUUCUUUCAAAAGAGAACGCUGCAACAGGCGCAGAUGAUCGAGAGGUACAAUAUCAACGGGCUGGACCACUGGAUUGAUAGACGCUUGUCGAAAUUUCUGAAGAGUCAUUGUCCCAAUGCGCGAGAUAUGGAGCACACAUUUCGGCACACCAUGAGCGUGAAUCCUUGCUGGAAUGUUGAUUGGGCGUCAUGACGUGGGUUGUUCUCCAACGGCUCAAAG